ACCCUAAUGUGGCUUCCCCCCUUGGCAGGCGACUGUGACGCUCCGCUGGGAUCCGCCUUGCCUCCGUCCUCCUUCAGCAGCUCCGCGGAGCUGUCCAGCAGCCACGGCCCUGGGUUCGCCAGGCUUAAUCGGAGAGACGGAGCUGGUGGAUGGACCCCACUUGUGUCAAAUAAAUACCAAUGGCUGCAGAUUGACCUUGGAGAGAGAAUGGAGGUCACCGCUGUGGCCACCCAGGGUGGAUACGGGAGCUCCGACUGGGUGACCAGCUACCUCCUGAUGUUCAGUGACAGUGGGAGGAACUGGAAGCAAUAUCGACGAGAAGAGAGCAUCUGGGGAUUUUCAGGAAACACAAAUGCGGACAGCGUGGUGCACUACCGGCUCCAGCCCCCCUUCGAAGCCAGGUUCCUGCGCUUCCUGCCUUUAGCCUGGAACCCCAAGGGCAGGAUUGGGAUGCGGGUCGAGGUGUAUGGGUGUGCAUACAGAUCUCAGGUGGUUUAUUUUGAUGGACUAGGAGCCCUGCUAUACAGAUUGGAUAAAAAGCCCAUGAGACCGAUAAGAGAUGUUAUUUCUUUGAAAUUUAAAACCAUGAAGAACAAUGGGAUUCUACUCCACAGAGAAGGACAACAUGGAAAUCACGUAUCUCUGCAAUUAAUUAAAGGAAAACUUGUCUUUUCUCUUAAUUCAGGCAAUGCCAACCUGCAGCCUGCUGGUGCCCACGUGAACCUCACCCUGGGCAGCCUGCUGGAUGACCAGCACUGGCACUCCGUCCUCAUCGAGGUCCUCAGCACUCAUGUCAACUUCACGUUGGACAAACACACUCGUCAUUUCCAUGCAAGAGGAGAAUCCAGUUACCUGGAUCUUAACUUUGAGAUCAGCUUUGGAGGAAUCCCGACAUCUGCAGGGUCCCUGGCAAUCUCACAUACAAACUUUCAUGGAUGUAUAGAAAAUCUUUAUUAUAAUGGAGUGGAUAUUGUUGAAUUAGCCAAGAAAAACAAACCACAGGUCCUUGUUAUGGGAAAUGUGUCCUUCUCAUGUCCACAACCACAGACCAUCCCUGUCACUUUUCUGAGCUCUAGGAGUUAUCUGGCUCUGCCAGGCAACUCUGGGGAGGACAAAGUAUCUGUCACAUUCCAGUUUCGUACAUGGAACAAAGCAGGACGUUUGCUGUUUGGUGAACUGUGGCAUGGUGCGGGAAGUUUUCUCCUCUUUCUUAAGGAUGGAAAACUCAAACUGAGCCUCUUCCAGCCAGGGCAGUCAUUGAGGAACGUCACAGCAGGUGCUGGGCUCAAUGACGGGCAGUGGCAUUCUGUGUCCCUGUCUGCCAAAUGGAACCACCUGAGUGUGGUGGUGGACAGUGACAUGGCUCUCCAACCGCUGGUGACGGGGCUGACGGGUUCCAGCAACACCUAUUAUUUUGGAGGCUGUCCCGACAACAGCUCAGGCUCUGGAUGUGCAAGUCUUCUGGGAGGGUUUCAAGGAUGCCUGAGGCUCAUCUCCAUUGGUGGCACAGUGGUGGAUCCCAUCUCGGUACAGCAGGGGGCGCAGGGGAGUUUCAGCGAUCUUCAGAUAGACGCCUGCAGCAUCACCGACAGAUGCCUGCCCAGCUUCUGUGAACAUGGGGGUGCAUGUGCCCAGUCCUGGGACACCUUCUCCUGCAACUGCGAGGGCACAGGUUACACUGGAGAGACCUGCCAUUCCCCGCUGUAUGAGCAGUCUUGCGAGGCCCACAAGCACCGAGGAAGUCCUUCUGGGCUUUACUAUAUUGAUGCUGAUGGAAGUGGCCCCCUGGGACCGUUUCUGGUGUACUGCAACAUGACAGCAGACGCCGCGUGGACGGUGGUGCGGCACGGUGGCCCAGACCAGGUGACCAUCGGAGGCGGCCCCCGGGGGCACGCACGCUCGGUGACCUUCGCCUACGCGGCCAGCGCGGGGCAGCUGCGGGCAGCGGUGGCCCUGGCGGAGCGCUGUGAGCAGCAGCUGGCUCUGCGCUGUGGCUCCGGGCGGCCCCCCGCAGACCCACGAGAUGGAACCCCACUGAGCUGGUGGGCUAGAAGAACCAAUGGAACUCACACUUACUGGGGAGGUUCUCUGCCAGAUGCACAAAAGUGCACUUGUGGACGAGAGGGGAGCUGCCUGGACUCUCAGUAUCACUGCAGCUGUGACGGUGACCAGGAUGAAUGGACCAGUGACAUCACAGUCCUUUCCCAGAAGGAGUACCUGCCAGUCAUUCAAGUGGUGAUGACGGACAGGGGCCAACCGCCCUCUGAAGCUGUGUAUACGUUGGGGCCUCUGCUCUGCCAGGGGGACAAGUCAUUUUGGAAUUCGGCUUCCUUCAACACUGAGACCUCAUACCUUCAUUUCCCCACUUUCCAUGGAGAACUCACUGCCGAUGUACAGUUCUUUUUUAAGACCACAGUUUUCUCUGGUGUGUUUAUGGAGAACUUGGGCAUCACGGACUUCAUCAGGAUAGAGCUGCAGACUCCCACAGAAGUGACCUUUUCCUUUGAUGUGGGGAAUGGACCUUGUGAGGUCACGGUGCGGUCACCCACCCCCUUUAAUGACAAUCGGUGGCACCACGUGAGGGCAGAGAGGAAUGUCAAGGGAGCCUCGCUGCAGGUGGACCAGCUCCCCAGGAAGACACAGCCGGCCCCUGCGGACGGGCACGUGCGCCUGCAGCUCAACAGCCAGCUCUUCAUUGGUGGGACGGCCAGCAGGCAGAGGGGCUUCCUGGGGUGCAUUCGGUCCCUGCAGCUGAAUGGGAUGGCCCUGGACCUGGAGGAAAGAGCCACAGUGACACCAGGAGUGGAGCCAGGGUGUGCGGGACACUGCGGCAGCUACGGACACUUGUGUCGCAAUGAGGGGAGAUGUCGAGAACGGCUCAAAGGGGUGGCUUGCGACUGCUCGGCCUCCGCCUACGAGGGCCCCUUCUGCUCCCACGAGAUUUCUGCAUAUUUUGAAACUGGCUCCUCAGUGACCUAUGAUUUUCAAGAUCAUCACCCCUUAGGUGACAACACCAGCUCCCUUGCUUCUACAUUACACAGGGAUGUCACACUGUCCCAAGAGACCGUCACACUGAGCUUCCGAACCACGCGGACACCCAGCUUACUGCUUUAUGUGAGCUCUUUCUAUGAGGAAUACCUUUCCAUUAUCCUGGCCAACAAUGGAAGUUUGCAGGUCAGGUACAAGCUAGACAGACAUCGAGAUCCAGACGCUUUUAACUUUGAUUUUAAAAACAUGGCGGAUGGGCACCUUCACCAGCUGAAGAUUGACAGGGAGGAAGCCGUGGUCUCUGUAGAGGUUAACCAGAGUGUGCAGAGACAAGUCAUCCUAUCCUCGGGGACAGAAUUCAACGCCAUCAAAUCCCUCACGUUGGGAAAGGUUUUAGAGCCCCCGGGCGCGGACCCCGACACGCGGCGGGCGGCGGCGCGCGGCUUCACCGGCUGCCUCUCGGCCGUGCGCUUCGGCCGCGCCGCCCCGCUGAAGGCGCUGCGCCCCGGAGGCCCGGCCCGGGUCACCGUCCGCGGCCACGUGGCCGCCGGGGCCCGCUGCGCGGCGGGGGCGCGGCCCGGCGAUGGAGCGCGGGAGCUGGCUCCGCGGCGCGCAGGUGGCGCAGGUCGUUCCGAACCCGGCGAGGAGGGAGAGCCUUUGGUGAAGGCGGACAGAAGCGACUCUGGGGUCAUCGGAGGUGUGAUAGCAGUUGUGAUAUUUAUUUUGCUCUGCAUCUCUGCUAUAGCCAUAUGCAUUUACCAACAGAAAAAGUUACGCAAAGAAAAUGAAUCAAAAGUUUCGAAAGUUGAAGAGUGCUAG